UGGAAACAGGCAGGGAUUGAGGGUCGUCUGCCUUGCAACUGGAAUCACCCAGCACCAGCCCCCUGAUCGUCUCCUGCCUUGACAGCUGCACUAUUUGUUUUAUUUUAUUUUAAUCCGAUGAUAACUGUUAGGCUAUAAUUUGUACUCUAGCGCGCAAAUUCCUCCUUCUAAACCCAAUCAGUCAUAAGUUUUUUAUAAAGAUGAGCUGCACCAUGAACAGCUGUUUAGUCGCUCUGGCGCUCCUGUUUCUGUGGCGCGUUGAAGAAAUGGCAGAAGCCUGCAGCUGCUCCCCUGCGCAUCCCCAACAAGCUUUCUGCAACUCAGACGUUGUUAUCAGGGCGAAAGUUGUUGGAAUGCAGGAGAUUGACAGCGGCAAUGAUGUUUAUGGAAAUCCCAUCAAAAGGAUCAGAUAUGAAGUCAAACAGAUCAAGAUGUUCAAAGGUCCCACUCAAGAUAUUGAUGCCAUCUACACUGCUCCAUCCUCAGCGGUGUGUGGAGUGACUCUAGACACUAAUGGAAAGAAGGAGUACCUUAUCACAGGUAAACUGGAGGUGGAUGGAACAAUGCACAUCACCUUGUGUGACUUCAUCGAGCAGUGGGAGACCCUGAGCGCCAUCCAGAAGAAGAGCCUGAUUCAGCGCUAUGAAACUGGCUGUGCUUGCACGAUCACCCGCUGCACCUCCAUCCCCUGCAUGAUCAGCAGCCCGGCGGAGUGCCUUUGGACAGACUGGGUGAUUGAGAAGACUGUAAAUGGGGAGCAGGCCAAACACUAUGCUUGCAUCAAGAGGAGCGACGACUCUUGUGCUUGGUACCGUGGCAGUGCGCCCCCCCGAAAAGAUUUCUUGGACAUUGAAGACCCAUAAUCCUUUUCUGUGGAACAGUCGGAAGAUGGUUGCAGUUAAGAUAUUCAAACAUGCAAAAAAAUGAAAUGAGAAUAAAAAUCAUUGUACACAUUCUUUUCUUUUUUUUUUUUUUUAUUGUGUGGAAGAUCUAAGGGGUAAACUAUGAAAUAUUUCAGGUUGCAUGUUAAAAAGAACUCGACACCUUUACCCACUUCAACUUUUUGAAGCACUUCCUCAUCAACCACUUAUUCUCCAUCUGAAGUGAUCUUUUUAGUUUGUCAUUUUAUAUUUUUUUGUGUGCUUCUCAUCCUUAAUUUUUUGUUUUUUAUUUUAUUUUUUGUUGUGUACCGUGACAAAUCUUUGAUGCAGCAUUCAUAAACUCGGAAAUAAGUCCAAAUUGGCUUUGAAAUAAAUCCUAAUUAAAUAAGUAUUGCUUUGAAUACCAGUCUUACAUUUUCAGCUCAAGGUUUAACACAUUCAUUCAAAAAUGAGAAAAAGCACACAAUUGGACCAGUCUUUUGACAAAUGUUCUUUUUUCUGCAAAAAAAAAAAAAAAAAAAAAUCAUAUUAAGCUUUUUCUUCCCCACUUGACUUGGAGGUGUUUUUUGAUAUUAAAUGCAUAAAUCUUGUGCUGGUUUCACAUGAGAUUUUGAAAGUAAAAAAAUUUUUUACAUGCAUGUCCAUCUUGAAUGGUUUUUGUACAUUUGGCUAUUAAAAUGUAAAUGCUGUUAA